CGCGUUGUUGGAAAACUACAUCGAAAGACUUUCCUCCGUUCCUCUUCUUAUGUGUGCUGGUAGUUGCUGGCAGCCUUGUUGACAAGCAGAAACAUGUAAGCAAGUCAAUUGUCUUAUUGCCAUAAAAUCUUUGCAGUCAAUAACUGUGUAUGAGCGAUAGCUAUAUAGUGACACAGGGAUUUUCCUCAACUCAAGUCGACACCGCUCUGCUAAAAUCCGUGACACCGUCUUGGCUUCCAGACAGAGAUCCCUCACAACAUCAACGAAAUGACGAACUUCAUGGGAAGCUACACUGGAGAAAUUCUAGUGAUUGUCAUGCUCAUCAAAAUUCAUUAUAUUGGAAUAAUCUUGGCUUCUGCACCGGACAUGACGUUAAAUGUCACAAAUCAGGAGAGUAACAACACAAGAUUGUCUCCCAACUCAACCGGGAUUGACUUGCAAGACUUGGGCAUAUUCACAGCUACAAACAGUUCUGAGACAGGAGAAAACAUCACCGGAUUAAACGUUCCCAGAUGCCCGCAAAACGAGUCUACAGUUGCCGAGUUCCCUUUUGAAGAGUACGUUUCUGUCUCUGUAGCUGCGAUCAGCGCGACUGUAUGUCUGGGCGUCUGGGCUGUUGUUGCGAACGGCCUCCCGCUAGUGGCCAUCAUCAAACACGAACAGCUCAACGCGCCAGUCUACAUCCUCAUGGCAAACCUGGCUGCGAGCGAUGUAACCACCGGCAUAGCCUUCGUCUUGGUGGGAAGCUCGGUGCUAUACUACUACCUCACGGGGAUCGUUGUUUCUUUUACAAUCUCACGACUCUUCCUCUCAACGCUCCUGCUUUCCGCGAUGUCUUCUGCCUACAGUCUGAUGGCUCUCACGGUGGAACGUUACUGGUUUAUCGUCCACGGGAUGACCUACGUCAACAAUGUGGACAACUUCAAGUGUAAGGUCGUUGCUGUAGUCGUGUGGGUUUGGUCCCUGUUGCUGGCGAUGCUGCCCAACUUCGGGUUUCAGUGCGAGUCGUGUGUUGUCGUAGGCGUAGACGAACCGUGUCUUCCGUUAGGCGGGGGUUUGUCGUACGACUACGUGGUUGUGAUUCUCAUCUUUGUUUUCAUCCCGAUGGCCGCGAUUGUACUCUUCAACGUGGAGAUCCUGCGGUGUCUGUGGAGGCAUGUUAACGCCAUCGCCGCGCAGGAAGCCACCGUGGGCGCCCAGUCCAGCACCAGCCGGAGAUCUGCCUUCACUGUCGUCCUCAUCACCGCCGUCUUCCUGGUGGGAUGGAUGCCGAUUUUCGUCAGAAUGGCCAUGUUUACGCAAGACGUAGCUCUACUGCAUCAUACCCAAGUUUUCGUCAUCCUGAACUCCGCUAUUAACCCUAUGAUCUACGCAUUUCGCCUGCGGGAGGUACGGCGUGGCGUGGUCAGGCUCUUCGUGAACAGCUCUGGUGGCGGGAAUGUCAUCCAACCAACUAGUCUACGAACCAGUCAACAGAUCAGGCAGCCAACCAACCAACCGAAUAACAAACCAGUCAACCAUCCAACUAACCAGACAACAGACCAGACAACAGAUCAGCCAGAUAGCCAACCAUCCAAAUAGCCAACCACCCAGAAAAUCAACCAACCAAGCAGCCAUCUAACUGAACAAUAGACCCGUCAGCUAACCAGCGAAAAUGAACUUUAUUGCAUGUUUAACGCCACACAAGGGCCAACUGCACUGGGUUAGAUAACUGAGGUAUAAGGGUAAGAGAAAGAGGUCCUGCAUUUACUAUUUUAUCUCUAUAUCUACAAUGUCUCUUCUCACUUCUUAUAUAUAUACCAAAGGCGCGCAGAUGU